UCCUGCCAUGCCUGCACAUUGACAAGCAGUCUGCAGAAAAGAACAACGAAUCGAAAGUAAGGUAUGAUCCCGAAAACGACAUAGAAAUACAUCUGACACACUUUGACAUGUGCUAGCGCUUUGUUUUUAUUUAAAAGGGAAUGUCGUUAGUUUUGUGUUUGUUUCCUGUCAAAUAUGAACACAUACGCGGACGCCCUCUGGCUCGUACGACUUUGCUGCCGCCGCCUUGGUCAGGGCAAGACUAUUGUUAACGUUGCUUGGUGCCAUUAGCGAAGCUUUGAAAGUUUAAGUGAAAAAUCUGAUUUUAAGAAAAAAUCUGAAUUGGGCAUCAUACCCUGCAGUUUAAUCGCAGCCCUAUAUUAUGUUUGCUUACUUGAAGAGAUAACUGCAAUAUUUUGGUUACCACCUCAAGGCUGGAGACAUUUCUUCAUGUAUCUACAAACAAGUCCUUCUGUGUGGGGAAAAAACAAGGCCCUCUUAUGGCUUUGCCAUUCCAAGUGGGACAGAGAAACCUUGUAAACUUUUGCAUAUUCUUGCACCUGAUUUUGCUUCCUGAUUAAGUUUGCAUAACUUUGCUUCUGCUCUUCCCUUUGGGGAGAUACUUGUGACAGACAGCUUUGGGUUUGUUUCAACUGUGUUCUUCUGAAUGGAAUAAAAAUGACAAAAGACAAAGUUACCACCAAGCAGGUGCUAAAGGAAAACUUUCCACAACAGUAUGUAUAGAGUAAAUAAUUUUAUUGUGUAGCGUUAACUUUUGCGGGUGCGAUGUGAAUCGAGUACCCGAUUCACUUCAGUGAGUGACUUAUAAGAACUUGAGACAGUAAAAGGAAUAGAGAUUCCCAUCACUAUCAGUGACUUGUACACAUGUAACCAGCAUAGUCGCAUUACUUGUCAGCGGUCAGAAUUGUCUCUGGUAGAGUUUGGACUUCCAGGUCUUCAAAACACAAUAUAUUUGUAGAUUUAUGCCACUCUUACCUUAUGUAGUUUGAAAAGCACUAUAAAAACACCUCUCUAGUUUCUUUGUUUUGUUGUUUUUUAGUUGUAUGUGACACGUUGAUUCCUGUCCUCUGUUAAUCCGUUGUUCUUUCUAGUCUGUGCUUCUCGCCUAGAAAAGAGCAGGAUACUGUGUAUCCAACACUUUGCAUUUCCAUCUUCUUCUGCUUCAGGGCCCCUAACCAGUCCUCUGAGCAGAGGACCUAUAGAGAGCUUGCUCCUGAUUGGGCCACAGGCUGCCUCCCAACUAGCAUCAGUGCUAGUUGGUCAAUGCUGUGGUCAGUGGAGGCUGAGGCCACCUUGGAGGCUGCCUUGACAGCUACCUCCAGCACAUCAGCGUAUCUUGGACCUGCAAACCCUGCUCACCUACUGCUGAGGCCAUCAGUCUCCUCAACCUUCUCAACAUCACAAACACCAUGUCCCAAACCCUUUUGAACCCCUUUGCCAACCAAACACCACCAGAGACAGACUCCCAAAGGGGCUUUUCUCCUCAUCAACCUGGAUCAGGUUCCAGCUUUUUUGGGGAUCUGUCAGGGACUUUUGAGCUGUACCCAAGACCAGUGACUCAUUGCUGGCCAGAACUCAGUACAGUCCCUAGCAAUGAGGCCAUCCUGGGGUCUACAGACAUGAAUGUGGGCAUAGUUAAAGGAGAGGUGCAGACUCUCAGCAAACCUUUGCAUCAGCUUUCACAUCAAAGCAUUCAAGGGACAGAGUUUCCCCCCUUGGGUGAAAGGUCCACCUCUUCAAGACCGCUUGACCCGACCAGAGCUUGUUAUGGAGGUGACUCAUUCUUCAAUAACUUGGCUGAGGCUAAACCAGAUUAUCAAUCCAUUCCGGGAUUGAAUGAUUGUGACCAUCGUAUGUCAGAUGAAUUUGCGGCUCCACAUGAGUCCAGCCCACCCAAAUAUAGCUCUGAGUCGGCCACCGGUAUCCUACUACGCUUUGGACUUGAAAAGGAGGACAUGGAAGUUCUGCUGUCCUACCCUGAAGACCAGAUCACCCCUGCUAGUUUACCUUUCAUCCUACGCCAAAUACGCAUUCAGAAAGCCAAAAAGGCUGCUGCCCCUACCACGGCUACAGUCGUCACAACUACUGCCGCCGCCAAGGCAACUGUCGUAACAGCCGCCACGGCAACAGCCACCACGGCUACAUCUGCCACCGCUGCUGCCUCAACAGCCGCCACAGCUGUAUCCGCCACAGCUGCAGCCUUCACUGCAACAGCCGCCAGUGCAACAGCCACCACAGCUGUGACCACAGAUAAGUUCAAAGUAUUAAUUCAACCAGUACCCGUUAAAAAUCCUGCUGGAACUGACAGUCUGAAGCAUUUUCGAGCAGUGGCUGAGAGCAACACUUUGGAUAGAAACACUUCCCAGGCUGCUUCUUUCCAAGACCAGAGAAGUUCCAGCUCUUCUCUCAACUCAGUGGUCACCUUUGUGGCUCCCAAAAGUCCAGAUCCAGUCCACACAGUGCAGAGCUGUUCUUUGACCGGAAAAGACACAGGUGUCCAGCAAGCAGCAUCCAAAAUAAUUCCUUUGAAAGAACUGGAAGUUCUUCGCCCUCCAAAACCCAAAUCCCAAUCAUCCAUCACUCCAUGCCAUCGUGUACAUUCCAGUCGACCCAGCCUGUUGCUCAUUCGCUGUGAUGACAACAAUGAUGCCAAUGGACCCAGGAAGAGUCAAGACUCAAAGGACCUGCAACAGAGGAUGCCAGAUAAGGCAAAACAACCAAGUAUCGUUCAGUCGAAACAAGAACAGACAAAUCUGGAAAAGCCUCACCGAAUGGCUGAGAAAAAUCAGCAAAUGUUAAAGACACAACCCCAAUCAUCCAUCACUCCAUGCAAUCGUGUACAUUCCAGUCGACCCAGCCUGUUGCUCAUUCGCUGUGAUGACAACAAUGAUGCCAAUGGACCCAGGAAGAGUCAAGACUCCAAGGACCUGCAACAGAGGAUGCUAGAUAAGGCAAAACAACCAAGUAUCGUUCAGCCGAAACAAGAACAGACAGGUCUGGAAAAGCCUCACAGAAUGCCUGAGAAAAAUCAGCAAAUGUUAAAGAAACAACCACAUACAGCAAACAAGCAACAAGAUACGCCAGACAAACCACAAGAUAUGUCAGACAAACAUCUAGAUGCGUCAGAUAAACAAGAUACAUCAAACAAACAACUAGAUACAUUAGAUAAUCAACAAGAUACGUCAGAGAAACCUGUAGAUAGUUGUAGUAAACGGGUGCAACCCAUCUGCAGCAGCAUCACUAAGGUGUCAUGUCCAAGUCAGCCUUUGACUGCCGUGCACCCCAGUGGACCGUCCCCCAGUGGAGCACCCCCCAGUGGAGCACCCCUUUUGAACGCCCUGCCGACAGCAGCCAAGAUAUCCGACUAUGCUGCGGCCGUACCUAGAGUCAUUCCAGCAAUGUCUCGUCUGUAUAAUAAAGGUGGACUCGGUCACCAGAACAGCAGCCAGCACCUUGCCAGCUGCACAAACCUCGGCCAGAACAAGCCUGCCUCAACUUCCCAGAAAUCCAGGAGACUUUCAUCGUCCCCCCGCACCUCCAGAUGCACUCGCAGGUCCUACUCCUCCUCAUCCUCUGAUGAUCACCGCAGAUCACGUUCCCGAAGCUGUGGGAGAUCAUCUUUGCCUACCAGGAGCAAGAAGAGGUGGUGGAGCCCAGAGAGACGACGGCGUUACCCACACACGAGACGACUUACGCGCAGGUCUCUUACUCGUUCGCCUGCAUCUUCCUCUGACAGCAGUCGCUCGCGCUCCAGGAGCAAAAAGAAGAGGUGGAGCCCAGAGAGACGACGACGUUCCUUACAUGCGAGCCGACUUUGUCACAGGUCUCGUUCUCGUCCCCAUGCAUCCUCCUCUGACAGCUACCGUUCACGAUGCAGGAGCCGGGACAAGCGAUACUCAUCAGCGGGAAGACGUCGGAGGACAUCCACACAGAGAAGGAGCCCCAAAAAGUGCUCAUCACCGGGAACGAGUCGAGACAGGCGUGCAUCUUCCAGGAGUUCUACAGAAAGUCGUUCUUCACCCAGACGGAGUCAGGAUGCAAAAGCUUCCCUUUCAGGGAAGUCAAGCAGUGCGGAGUAUCUUGCCAAGAAGGUGUUGGAAAAAUCAGCGAUCCAAUCUCUGUCCAACCAGACGGAUCUGGAGACUGUGGUGAAAACUCUGGCUCCUGCCCUUCUGGCUGAACUGAUCAAGAUGAAGUCCUUCUCUUCACUUGUCCCGUCCUCAUCCUUGUCUGCAGACAAAAAAAAGGAUGUGACCAAAGCGUCAAGUUCAUCUUCCACAAAGGAUGGGUGCAAGUCGCCACCCCCGACGACGGUGAGGCUGAAGGGAAUUUGGAACAAACUCUCCCGCGGUGACGUGGAGUCCGCUGCUGAGAACUUUGGCAAAACCAAGUCGGUUGUGUUGCUUCGUGCUAAAGGCGAGGCCAUUGUGUGUUUUGAGCGAGAGGACGCUGCCAAGAAGAUGAUGAACAUAAAGAACUUGCGUGUGAAGGACAUUCCGGUGUCUGUUGUCAGACAGACGGAGAGCAUCAGUGAGGAGACAGACACGUGCAGCACAUCUAGCAAGCGUUCUCUUCACGAGAUGCCUGCUUUGCUUCAACAGUCCAGCGUGGGAACAAGUAUGGCAGUGCACCAACCAUCGACUCCUGAUAGAACGUUUCCUAAACGCCAGGCAAAGGUCUCCAAAGCCAAAGUGUCAGUUUCCAAAGCAAUCGAGCAGGUCCAAAAGACGGUGAAAGGAGCCGAGGAUAAAGGUCCAGUCAAAAUUGAAACUCUAGCAAUCAAAGUGAAUCCAUCAGGAGGUGCCGUUAAAGAAAAGGAGGAGCAGUCCAAAUGUAGCACUGAAGAGCAGUGCAAAGUGGAGGUCUCAUCUGACCCUGAAGCAGCAAAUGUUGGACCAGCAAGCGUGACAGAACUUCCACACCAAGCAAUGGCUCGAACAGAAGAGGUGAGCAACCCGCUACCUCCUGAACCUGAGUUUAGUAAGAAGAACAACCAUUACAUCCAAACGCUGGCUCCAGACAUCAAGUCUUCUCUGAGGGACAAUGGAGAUGAGCAGAAGACAAAUGUGGAAGACGGCAAAGAAGUGGCAGCAGAGUCCUGCCAAAUAAACAAAGACGACCACAACAGACAUGUUGUAGAAACCUCAGCUGGCCUGCUAUGUAAAGAAGACGCAAUGGAAAAAGUUGCAAACCAGGUGAUUGUUUCUGUGGAAGAGCGGCCAACUUCCACUGAGAAUCCGGCAGAGAGCGAGCACAAGGAAAAAAGUGACCAGGAAGUCUCUUCUCCAAGCAGAGAAUCCAAGACCGAAGAGCACGAGCCUCCAAAGAAGCAGCAGGCCAGAGUGAAGGACCACAACACCUCUGCACAUCCUGAAGCUGAGCAGAAGCGCCAGGUCAUUGGUUUUACCCAAGUUCAACAUCCCAGCAGCACGUCAACAGCAGGUAGGAGGAAGAGCACCAGAGGAAAGACCCAGGGUUCAUCUGUGAAGGAUGAGGAGACCACUUUCCACAUUUUUGACUCGGUGGAUGCUGAGACGGUCCAAGAAGAACUUAGCAUCACAACCAGAUCCAGCACAGGAAAAAAUCAAAGGCUCCCUAAGAAAGAUGCUUUUAGUGAGAAAAGAGAUGAAGAAGAGCUGACGACACCAACGAGGAAGAGGACAAGAACUUCACAGAAAACCACCAGAGAAGAAACACCAACCAAGAAGACUGAGCCUGUCCUAAAAAAAGAAGUGAAGAGUCGUCCCGCUCCAAGAGGAAAAGGAAGAAGGGGAAGACCUAAGAAAGACAUCCAAGCUACUAAAAGUGAAGAUGCCUGCUUAGCAAAGAGGGAACAAAAUGCUGGCGGUCAAGACAAGGUCAGGUUCCUGGACUCUGUGGAGGAGGGGAUGCUCCAUGAUCACAAUAGUCCUAAGGAGAACGACAUAACUGACAGCCUACAUGAGGAGGAAGGAACAAAUGAGAUCACUGAUUCUUUGGAUGAAUGUCUAGCUGAAGAAGAGCUUUUCGAUGGCAAUGAUGAUAAGGAGAGCAAAGAUGAAGCUUUGAAAACAUCACAAUGUGCUAAGCGCACUCAACAAGGACGCCAGACAAGACACAUUUUAUUUUCUUCAAAAGACAACACGAGCUUGGUGACGCGGGACAACGCAGGACAGGUUGAAGAGGCAGAGCCUGAAGAAGCGGCCCAGCCCAACUGGAGAGGCAGAGCCAAGAAGAGAAGCAGAUUGACUUCUGUUGUCCGCAAACGCAAUGUGGGGCUUGUUGCAGCAAAGUGUGUUGUGCCAAACUUUGGACUGCCAUCGUUCAAACCGAACAACCCUCUUGGUCAGGAGUUUCUCAGGUGCGGGUAUUUCUGUGAUAUCUGCUCGACUUUCUACCAGCAUGAGAUCACGAUGCAAGAUGUGCACUGUAGCAGCCGAGGGCACUACAACCACCUUAAGAAAUAUUAUCAGAAACUUGAGCAGAAAGCGUCCGGGUAAAGAUACCACGCUCGGACUUGACACUGACGUGUGCAUUGCACACUGCACAGCUGGUGCUGCAGUGUGCAAUUUAUCUGCUACAUUUUGACUUUUAUGUAUAGUAGUAGUAGUACUUUAUUAAUCCCACAGCAGGGAAAUUCAUCUGUUACAGUUAUACAGUAACUGUAUAUCAUAUCAUGUAUCGGUGAACUCAUUCUGGUUUUUAUAUAAAAUGCAUAUCUUUCAUUAUGGCUAUUUUUUCAUUGCUUACGAUUGAAGCAUUUUAAAUUGUGCUGCUAUUUUUAUGUGCAAUUUGUGAGAAGUGAAUACCUGGCAUUU